UUGGUGUUAUGGAAAAGACGAGUCCUGGGCGGCAUUGGUGGAUCUUUGGUGUGAUGAGGCUGGAGCCUGGGCGGCUAUGAGAACCAAAAAUAAGGCUAACCGAGGGACGGAGGGAGUACAUGCUCAGGGAAACCGAAACCACUAUCUCCACAAGGCAGUUAAUGAGGAGAAACUGAAGCGGCCGCUCUCAGACAUGCAGGCGUGGGAGAUUGCCCAUACGCGGAAGGACUCCAAGCCUGGCGAGACCCGGUACUACGGCAAGAAGACCGCGGGGAGGAAGCAGGCCUACUCCGAAGCGUAUCUGAAGUUGCAUCCUGACACACCUGACCCCAUUGCGGCGCCUCUGGACGACAGGGCGGUGGUGAGCAUGGGGCCCAAGGAGCACGGUCGGGAGGCGGUUCUCGAUGCUGUGAUCACUCCUAGUAUCUCCUACACACAGCUUCGUCGGAUCGACCCGAGCCUGAGCCAGCGCACGAGCCAGCCAGUGACCAGUACACAGUCCCUCUUUCAGGAGCAACAAUCUGCCUACAUGGAGUACACACGCCAGGAGACCAUGGCGUGGCAUCAGAGGCUUUAUGAACACCAAGUGCAGAGGGAUAGCCAGAUGCAGCAGGCUUUUCAGCAUAUGGCGGCUGGCAGGUGUCCUCAGUUUCCUACAGCACAAUGCCCUCCAGCACAACCAGUGCUGAUGAGCUUUGAGGAGUUUGUGGCACAGAACGCUGGCCCCUCGCCGGACUAUGCCGACGGCCUGGCCGUCGGCUUAAUCUCAGACUAUGCCGACGGCUGGGCCGUCGGCAUAGCCCUGACCCACGAGCAGCGGCCGGUCUCCACGUGGCACAUCUAUGCCGACGGUCUAGCCGUCGGCACAGUUUUCGACUAA